AUGGCUCGUGGCAACCAGCGCGAUUUGGCUCGGGCAAAAGCACUGAAGAAGAAAGAUGGCCUGAAAACAGGAACCAAUAAGUCUGGCACCCAGAUGCAGCGCGACAACGAGACCGCCGCUGAAAUUAUGCGACGAAAACAGGCAGCUGCUGAUGCCCGCAAAGCCGCCGAAGGCAAGAAAUGA